AAAGAAGAUAAGUGGAAACGCUGCUAUUUGGUACUGAGCGAUUCGAAUGGUCCGCAACUGUAUCUUUUUGAGCAUGAGAAGAGGGCAAAGCCGAAGUUGAUGUUGGAUCUCAUGUACUGUCUUGUUUAUAAAAUUCCGGAAGAUGUGUUUAAUCGGACGAACUGCUUGCUCGUUUCUCUGAGCGGUUUUGAUGAAUAUCCAUCCGUGCAUUUGUCAUUUCAAAACGAAGGCAUCUAUUUGAAUUGGCUGAAUGCACUGCGGCUACGAUGCUUUGGCUGCUGCCUUUUGUCUUCUGUUGUUCCCGCUAAACGAACUCAUUUUUGUCGUUCGACAACAAUCGUCUUCUUAACACUUGCUAAUUUUAGGUAA